CGGGACUGAGACGGAUUCGUUCAAAUGUUGAUUCCAGCCCACAGUUAGAUGCGAAGCACUUUUCCACUUCAGUUAGGUUUCGGUUCAGAGCGUUGUUGGUGGAUCAGUUCAUUUUUGACUUCCGAGUAGCUUGGGCGCCUUUUCGGUGUUACUCCGCGAUUCGAUAAAACCGCUGAUUUUUGUAUUGACAGUACUUGUUCGUCGGAAAAUACACGUAAUAAUCAGGAUAAUUAUUGUGCGUGGUAUUGUAUUGCUGAUUAAAUAUAAAGCUACUUAACAGAGGUGAAUGGCGUUGAAAAAUUAUUCGGUAUAAGUGAUAUUCGGUGCCAUGUAUGAAGAGCUUACACGAAAUAGUUAAGCUAAAAUAUCGUUAAGAAGGGAUAUUUAACGGAGCUAACGUGUGCAUGUGGUCUAAGAAUGAAAGUCUUAAAUGCUACACACACCGAUUAGCGUAUGAUUUAACGAUCUGCUGAAAGAGGCAAGCGAACAACCCAAGCAAGAGGAGCGCGAUGUGCAAAAACCAAAUAAAAACAAAAAUGAAUGUUUGUGCAAAAAAUUCAGUGAAACCGGCUUAAAGAAAACAAAGAACAUUAGAAAGCAGAGAUCGGUAACCAGAAGAGAUGUUUGCCAGACGAUUCAGUUAAAGCGAAAAAUAUCAACGUGCAAAAUUGUGCAAUUCGUCAAAAUCAGUUUGAGUGACGAUCGUGUAAAUAUGUAAACAACGUGAUCGUGUAUUCGAUUAAACUGCACUCCGUAGUCCAAUCCAAAUGAAGUGAACUAAACUGUCUGUAUUCAAAAUUAGUAUCCAAUCGGGAUUAAGAUUUAAUAUCGAUUGGUCGUUUGGCUGCAUAUCGUAGAGCUUUGUGUGUGAUUUCAACCUAGACAAGUAAACUCUAUAUUAUUGCAGGACACUUGCGAUCGAAACUAAGGUCACUUUAACUUCAGCUCCAGAAACAAUACCAGAUUCUGCGGUAAAAUGGCACAUCAUUAAUAUCCGAUGAAUAGUACGAACGGAAAAUGGUGAAGCAUAAGAGAUUCUUUUGCUUCCGACUAUCAAGCAUUCUACCGGCAUCCCUCCAUAGUUGGCCAUCAGUUCAUGGGGACGUUGGUCCGUUUAGCAACAAUGCAGUACAGCGAAAAACCGUUCAACUGUUAUUAAUUCUGUUGAUAUACUUUAACGGGUUUACCAGUGGCAGUUGGUGGCGAGUUGCUGAUCUCUCCUUGGACGUUAAACAUUUCCAUCGAGACAACCGAAGUUUCGAAAUCAUCAAUGAAAACACAUUUUUCACGCAGCAUCAACGUGAAAUUUGCUAUAGUAAUCCGGAACUGUUGAAGGUUAUCGUCAAUGCGGCGAAUAUUGCCAAAUAUGAGUGUCAAAAUUACUUCCAAAACAGCAGAUGGAACUGUUCAGUUAAGCGGGGAUCCGAACUAUUUUACGGAAAUUUCGAUGAUAAAGGUAAUCGCGAAACCGCUUAUCUCAGCGCAAUAAAUUCGGCUUCGUUGGCGUGGACCAUCACUAGGUACUGCACCAAGGGCGAACUGACAAUGUGCACCUGUGACCACAUACAGCGCAAAAAGCACAGCAAGUGGACUUGGGGUGGAUGUUCGGAGGACGUAAACUACGGCAUAAAACAGGCGCGUCAGUUUGUCGAUCCACAGGAAGAUCGUUCCUCCAGUUUUGGCUUGAUGAACUUGCAUAACAACGAGGCUGCUCGAAGAACUUUACGAGGUAAAAUGCAAAAAGUGUGCAAAUGCCACGGAAUGUCCGGCUCGUGUACGACGCGAGUUUGCUGGCGACGGUUACCUCCGAUGAAACUGAUGGCCGAAACGCUAGGCUCCAUGUUUGAUGCUGCCGCUCUAGUCAAACCGGUUGAAAAUAAGGGCAUCAUCAAAAAGCUUAAACGGAAGGACUCACAAUACAAAAAGGUUAAUAAAUCUGAUCUUGUGUACAUUGCCGAUUCACCUGACUAUUGUGAAGAGAAUGAAAGUUUCGGAAUAUUCGGUACUCGAGGACGGUUCUGUAACCGGACAUCCUAUGGCAUCGAAGGCUGCCGGUUACUUUGCUGUGGUCGCGGCUACCAGACGAGGAUCCGCAAUGUGGAAGAAAAGUGCAACUGUAAGUUCGUCUGGUGCUGCUCGGUCAAGUGUGACACCUGCAGUGUCCGUAAGGACGAGUACAUAUGCAACUAAGAACAAUCGAUUAUGCCCCGCUAUAUACAAUGUGAAUGCAGAGACGCAGCCAAGAAAACUAUUGAUCAGUGUAUAUUAUUGCCAUUUGCGACUAGAGGAAAUAUUCUCACCAAAAAGCCAUUUUGCACAUUUUAAUCACAUCAUUUGUGUCGAACUUUUGUAUAUUUUUGAAAAAUAUUUAAACAAUAAUGUAAGUCAGUCUAGAGGAUGUUUUCUCUCUAGAUUCCGCAUGCCAUUGUGUUAUUUAAACGAUAUAACAAAACAAACAGAUCAAAUUUGCAUCCAUGACAAAUGUGCUGAUCGCUUGUUAUAAUACAUCAUUUUUAAAUGAUAAACGAAAACAAACAACGAAAGUCUAAAUGUUUCCAGUAUUUUUAUACCCACUUUACGGUAAGAGCAUAUUUGCAUUCUGUGAUUUCUUUGGUUUUGUAGUAUUGUCUUUAUUUAGUAACUUAGCAAAAGUCUUUAUCGAUAAGCCUUUUGCUUAGAAGUAGAUGUUAAGACAGCCAAUUAUGCCAAUAGCCAAACGAAUAGAAGAUAGUGUUCUAUUUCUCUAAACGAAAAAAAAAAUCAUCAAUAGAAGAAAUCAACCCACACAAAUCUCACUGAAAGUACUCUCUCGUAAAUUGAAUCCAAAGUAAUAUUUAGCCAUCCUGUAUAAAUCAAAUGAUCGUUGUGUAAAACAAACCAUUUAUAUAAGUAUUAAAUUGAAAUCAAUGAAUAAAAGUAAGAAAUAAAGCUGACCGGCCUGUAAUCGUCGUACACCACCA